GGUCACUUUUCCACGCCCUAACUCUGUGCCGUCCGACUCCUGCACAGUAAGCCGGCCGGGUGCGUUGUCGCGGGCGCAGCGUCGAGUCCGUCGCGGCGCCGCGCGCCGCUCGGCAGUUACAGCGAGGCGCUCGUGGCCCUCAGGCCGGGCGGCGCGGGUCUGCCCUGGUUCGCCUGACGCGAAGUCCGUGAGCAGCCGGGAUGUCGAUCUUCACCCCCACCAACCAGAUCCGCCUAACCAAUGUGGCCGUGGUACGGAUGAAGCGCGCCGGGAAGCGCUUCGAAAUCGCCUGCUACAAAAACAAGGUCGUCGGCUGGCGGAGCGGCGUGGAAAAAGACCUUGAUGAAGUUCUACAGACCCACUCAGUGUUUGUAAAUGUUUCUAAAGGUCAGGUUGCAAAGAAGGAAGAUCUCAUCAGUGCAUUUGGAACAGAUGACCAAACCGAAAUCUGUAAGCAGAUUUUGACUAAAGGAGAAGUUCAAGUAUCAGAUAAGGAAAGGCACACACAACUGGAGCAGAUGUUUAGGGACAUUGCGACUAUUGUGGCAGACAAAUGUGUGAACCCUGAAACAAAGAGACCAUACACUGUUAUCCUUAUUGAGAGAGCCAUGAAGGACAUCCACUAUUCCGUAAAACCCAACAAGAGCACAAAACAGCAGGCUUUGGAAGUGAUAAAGCAGUUAAAGGAGAAAAUGAAGAUAGAACGUGCUCACAUGAGGCUUCGGUUCAUUCUUCCAGUGAAUGAAGGGAAGAAACUGAAAGAAAAGCUCAAGCCUCUGAUCAAGGUUAUAGAAAGUGAAGACUACAGUCAACAGUUAGAAAUUGUAUGCCUGAUCGACCCAGGCUGCUUCAGAGAAAUUGACGAGCUAAUAAAAAAGGAAACAAAAGGCAAAGGAUCUUUGGAAGUGCUCAAUUUGAAAGAUGUGGAAGAAGGAGAUGAGAAAUUUGAAUGAUGUCCAUCAGUCUCUCCAGCUAUAAAACACUAAAGUGUUUUUUUGUUUCCAACAGCACUGUUUCAUUUCUGUGAUCUGCCAAAUACUUGCUCAAACUGUUUGACAUUUUCUAUCUUUGUGUUAACCAUGUACACAAAAAGACUUUCCUACAUAAGUAUAAUAAUGUGGGAUGAUUUAGUUUUAAUUAUAAAUUGGAGUCUAAAACUUAAAGCAAAAAUGAAAAAUCUAAGAUACAAAGACCAGAGUAGCAUUUUGCUGCUGUCUCAUGCCUUGAUAGCUUUUGAAAAUGAAAGUUAUUUGGGCAACUCUUGUGGAUAAAAAGUUAAAUUUUAUACAAUAUAGUAAGAUUAUUUGGAAGAUAUGUCUGUAUGACAAAAUGGGAGUAUUUGCUGAAAAAGGAAACAUGUCUUAUUUCUACUUAGUGAAAUUUGUGUAUAGGGGUAACUCAUGUAGAGCUUGGAUGAUGACUUCCUGAUUAUCUGAAAGGAAGAUGUAUGAUGACUGUGUAGGAGUUAAAUAAUUUUCAUUGAACAUGCUGCCACAACUUAGAUUAUUCUUGGCAAAAAAGUCAUUUAUUUCUAAUUCUUAAAGUUUAUAAUAUAUAUUAAUAUAGCUAAAAUUAUAUGUAAUCAAUAAAACCACUCUUAUUUUUAUUAAACUAUGGCUUGUGUUUCUAGCCAACUUCCUAACUCCCUUUGUUUUCUCUGCCUUUCUGGUGUGGUUGGGGAGUUGUUAGGAGGAUUCAGUUAGUCAUCAUGCAGAGUGCUUAGAACAAGGCCUGUUAUGAUAAACACCUGAUAACAUUUGGGAUGUAACUGAAUUUAAUUAUUUUAGUAUUUGGACACUUAAAUGAACAAGGUUUUAAAAAUCUGUCCUUGAGAUACAGUCUAGAAUAUAAAUUAGAAUAUAGACUCAAAAUAAACAUAUAGAUGUAUUUGUAGACAACCAAUUUUUAUUUUAACUGAAAACAGAGUUCUUGACUUGAACAGGUCCUGUUGGUUUUAUAAGCACAGGGAAGUCCCUGCUAAUAUAAAUUCUCAGAAAUGUCCCACUUACUUUUAAAUAACUUCCAAAUGUUUUCUCAUAUUGUUAGAGGCAAUAUUCUUGUUUGGUAACGUGGGAAUGAACCCUUUUCUGUUAAUACUGCUGUUUUGAUACAGUCCUUAAGAAGGCCCCCACUGCUUCACUUUCACUUGGAUAGUUUGUUGUUUUAUAAAGAUGAUCUAAACCACAGUACCGGGUCCACCGCCUGUUAAGGACCGGGCCACAGAGCUCUGCCCCCAAACACCGCCCCGCUGCAACAGUUGUGGAAAAAUUGUCUUCCACUAAACUGGUCCCCAGGUUGGGGACCACUGAUCUAAACUUGAAGUCCCAGGAAAUAAUUUUAACCAAUGAAGUUUACACUAUUUCAGUUUAAAGAGUUAAAGUGAUGUUUCAGGUUGAAAGUCAUAGUUACUAAAAAUAUUCAACAGCUGCAUCUUGAAUAGGAAAAGAUAAAACAGUUAAUACAACAUUGCCUUAAGUUUUUCUGACUCUGAUUCACCGUCUCUUCUAAAAACUGUUCCAGAAAUAUUAAAUGUAGACCACAUCUGAGUCAUGCUUCUGAACCUAUAAAAAUUUUUCACCUUAUAUUAAUCUCAUUACCCAAAGUAGUUAAAAUUCUUGUUCAUGAUCGUCUUCCCAGUACCACCGUAUAAUGGAUUAUUUUAAGGAUUGAUUUAUUUUGCUUUUUGAAUGCAAGCUGGUAGUAUGUAUAUUUGGUAAGAAUGAUGUUUCGGAGUUGAGCCUCUUCUAUCAGCGCAGCCUUUUCUGUGAAGUUUCCCUUGUACCCCAUAUACAAUUAUUUGCUCCAGCCUCUGGAACCGUGUGCCACAUUAAAAUUCACUCAAAGGCCUUGAUUUGUUCCACCUUGUAUUAGAGUUGCUUAAAUAUCUUUUCCAUGCUAGAUUGUGAGCUCCUUAAAGGGCAAGGGACUUAGCCAUGUGUGUGUAUCCCACCAUGCUCUGGACCUGGUAGAUGUGGAAUAAACGUCUCUGAAGUGA